AUGAAAUUCUCCACUCUCUCCGUUGCUGCUGCUCUGGCCGCCUCUGCCUCUGCUGCUCUCGACCCCGUUGAGGUCAAGGGCAACGCCUUCUUCGUGGGCGACAAGCGAUUCUACAUCAAGGGUAUCGACUACCAGCCCGGUGGAUCUUCCAAGGUCGUUGACCCUCUGGCUGACCCCAAGAUUUGCAACCGAGACAUUAAGUGGUUCAAGGACCUCGGUGUCAACGCCGUGCGAAUCUACACUGUUGACAACUCCGCUGACCACAGCGAGUGCAUGAAGGCUCUCGACGAUGCUGGCAUCUACCUGAUCCUCGACGUCAACACUCCCCUCAUCUCCGUCAACCGAGCCAAGCCCUACGAGUCGUACAACGCCGCCUACCUGCAGCACGUGUUCGCUACCAUCGACACCUUCAAGGACUACUCCAACACCCUUGGAUUCUUUGCUGCCAACGAGGUCAUCAACGCCAAGAACAACACCAACACCGCCCCCGUCAUCAAGGCCGUCGUCCGAGACAUGAAGGAGUACAUCAAGAACCAGGCCAAGCGAAAGAUCCCCGUUGGAUACUCCGCUGCUGACGUUUCUGAGAACCGAUACGAGAUGGCCCAAUACUUCAACUGUGGCCCCGAGGAGGAGCGAAUUGACAUGCUCGGUAUGAACGAUUACUCGUGGUGCGGAAACUCCACCUACGAGGAGUCCGACUACGAGGCCAAGGUCAAGGCCUACGGCAACUACUCCAUCCCCAUUUUCCUGUCCGAGUUUGGCUGCAACGAGAUCCGACACAACGCCAAGGGAAACCCCGAGCGGCCCUUCACUGAGAUUGAGACCCUGUACUCCGACAAGAUGACCCCCGUCUUCUCUGGUGGUCUGGUCUACGAGUACUCUCAGGAGUCCAACGAUUACGGUAUUGUCAAGAUCGACGGCGACUCCGUCUCCAAGUUUAACGGCGAGUUCGACAUCAUCAAGGCUGCCUUUGCCAAGGCCAACCCCCAGGGUGACGGUGGAUACAAGAAGGAUGGCAAGUCCUCCACUUGUCCUGCUCGAUCCAACACCUGGGAGGGUGAUGGACCCAUUCCCGGCAUUGUUCCCCGAGCUAAGGACUACAUGAAGAACGGUGCUGGCAAGCCCGAGGGUCUGUCUCAGCAGUCCACCCAGGAGGGUGACUCUCACGAGUCCGGUCUCGACACCAUUGGCAACAAGGACCCCAAAGAGUCUGAUCCUGACUCCAACAAGUCCGACUCCUCUUCUUCCGGCUCUUCCGGAUCUUCCAGCUCUGCUUCCUCCUCCGGCUCUGCCUCUGGUUCUGCCUCUUCUGCCUCUUCCACUGCCUCUGGCUCUUCUGGCAGCCAAAACUCCGCUGCUGCCAACGCCCCCGCUGCCGGCGUUCUUGCUGCUGCCGCCAUCAUGGCCGCUCUUUUGUAA